CCCACCUAGCGCUCAGCCACAAGCAUACACUCUAGCUAGCUACUAGCGUUAUCCACAUAGCAAUGGCGCCCUCCAAGCUCGCCAUCCUCCUGGCCAUGAACCUGGCCAUCCUCGUGGCCGUGCAUGGCUGCGGGUCGUGCGGUAACACACCGACCGUCCCGGUCCCAAGCCCGCCGAUCGCCGUGCCCCUGCCAGCUCCCGUGCCGUCUCCGCCUUCGACCGGCGGCGGGGGCGGCACCUGCUCCAUCGACACGCUGAAGCUGAAGGUACGCGCCAACGUGUUGAACCUGCUGAAGCUCAACCUCGGCGUGCCGACAAACGAGUAGUGUUGCCCGCUUCUGAGCGGCCUCGCUGACCUAGACGCCGCCGUCUGCCUUUGCAGCGCCAUCAAGGCCAACGUCCUCGGCAUCAAGCUCAACGUGCCCGCCGUGACCUUGUGUUUUUAUUUUUUGUGUGGGUGUUCAGAUUGUGUUAACUCGGUCCGUGAUGUGCCAGCUUGUAUAUAUUCACUAGUAGAAAAGGGGGUAUUGGUCCAGGCCGGGUCAGCCCAUUAGUCCCGGUUCAAUCCAGAACCGGGACCAAUGGGGGCAUUGGACCCGGUUCGUGAGCCC